UCUACGACACCCAGAACUCUUUGCGAAAUUUACAAAUCAAAAUGGCGUCCGCCACCACUAGAGUGGUGCAACAAGUCAGAAAACAUAUUCCCAGUAUAAGGUUUCCAAACAGAAUAAAAAAGAAAACAAAGGCCGGUCCGUCAGACAGAACUCUUGAGAUUUCGUCUAUUCUGUCUGCGAUCAGUAAACGAACAUUACCUGCAGCAUCAGCGGCUCGACCUACAACUAUCUCUUCCUCGAGCGCUGCUUUUAAUUCAGACGACCUGCAUAGUUAUCACACUUUACCGGCAAGAUACAGAAGACGGCCUUUAACACAAGAUGAAAUGGAGUAUAUUGAGAGAGGUGGUCCAGAAUAAAUGACCCUUAACCUGAUUGGGAUGUUUUCUAGAGUGAAUUAUUUAACUUGCGACAAGACUGUUGGAACCAUAUUCAAGGGGGAAAAGGAUUCAUUGAAUAUUAUGAAACAGUUUGUUCAUUCCUUGAUUAUUUAACUUCUGGCAAGUCAUUUAUAAAGAGAAUUGGAGAUUCACUUUUUAUAUGAAAAAUACAUGUUUAUUCAUGGUUCAAUGAUAAUAUUGACCAGAACUGUGUAACACAUCAGACAGGUGGUUUUUUCACAAAGAUAUAAAAAAAUUGUCAAUAAAUUUUAAACUUUUAAGUUC